UUAAUGUGAGCCACUGUGGGGCGUAGCCACAAAUGGAAGCUGAAGAAAUAGAAAGAUACAUCUUCUGGUGAUCUUAAACAAAAUAAUCCUUUAAUCUACUUCACAUUGUCUUCUCUCCUCAGGAUGAUUCUAUUGCAUAUAAAGCACGGCUGGGUGUCUGUAUGCAAGUUGAUCCUUUUCUGUGGGAUAUUCUUCAUGAACAACAUAUGUGAGAGCUCUGACACAAAUGAGAUCGGCGGACUUCAAAAUGUUCUGUUUGUCAACAAAACAAAUAUGGAUGAUAAGAACUGUGUCUUUCCAACUGAAGUCGUCAUAGUCCAUCGAAGAAGGUUUUGUUUCAGUAUCAAUACAGACAAAAAAGGAUGUUGUAAUGACAACGAAUUCAACUGCAACUUUGAAAUUAGCGGAAACAGCUUAAUUAUGGAUAAAGAGAUUCUGUGCAACCAAGAUAUUGUGCAGAUGGCCGCAGAUCAAGACUUCUCACAGUGUACCCCAUCAAAGUUCUACAAAGACUCAAAGAAUGGCUCCCUGUUUAACAUUCACAAGUGCUUGAACAAGGGUGAAAAGAACAUUCGCUUCAGCAAAAACGACCACAGGGGAAGAAAUUCAUUCUGUGUCACAGAAAAUUACCAAGGAGAAACAAACCCCAACACGAGUAAACCACCUGAGCAGGAACUGUGUCCCGACCCGUCGAUAGAGUGUGUUACUGGCACUGAGACCAACCUGGAAGCUGCUUUAAAUAUUAUAAAGAAUAUCUCAUCCGUGUUGGAACAGAUGACAAAUUGCAGGACAGGGGCCAUUAAAAAAGGCGAAAUCAGAGGGAUAAUCACUAAACUCCCACCAAAGGAUCCAACAAGCGUCAAUAUUGGCAUCACAUCAACAAAUAUAUCUAUUGUUGAGGACAACAUCGAUUCGAGCGCAGGAAUGUUACUACUGGUGCAGGUCUCUAAAGAGGCCACUGAAAUGGCAGUAAAAAAAAAUGGUUCAUUUCUUGGCUUUUUACUUAUUCCAAGAGUGUUUCAGGAUGUCAAUAGCAGUUCUAUUCUUAACAAUGAGGUCGUGGGAAUUGAAAUGGGAGCAGAAAUAUCCAAUCUCUCGCAGACCAUAGACAUUCAAUUCAGAAAUGUGGACAAGAAAGGAAAGGUGGCUUCUUGCAGAUCCUGGGAUGGUAAAGGAAAAGAUCCAAUAUGGACUGAAGAUGGCUGCCACCUGAAAGAGACCAAUGAGAGCAUCACGUGCCAGUGCUCUCAUCUGACAUUUUUCGCCAUUUUGUUGUCUCCUCCACCUGGAAACAUCAGCUCUUCCCAUCUGAGGUCUCUCACCCACAUCACAUCAGUCGGCUGUGGCCUGUCCAUGUUUUUCUUAGCAGCGGCCAUUUUUAUGCAUUGUCUCAUCAGGAGAGGGAAAGCAAGCCAAGCUACUCAGAUCCUGAUGAACCUUUUUGUUGCCAUGUUUAACCUCAACUUGUCCUUCCUGAUCAACGACAAAAUUGCAAACUUAGGGAACUUUGGUGCAUGUGUGGCAAUUGCAGCGUUUAUGCACUACACCAUGUUGGCAACUUUAACCUGGUUUUUCAUGGAAGCUUUGCACCUCUACUUUACUCUGGGGAAGCUCCAGUCGGAAAUCAAACUCUACAUGGGGAAGCUGUGCGUCAUGGGAUGGGUCACACCGGCUGUAGUUGUGAUUCCUCUUCUCGCCUUGAGGAAAUACAAUUACUUGGUCAUUUCUGCCGAUGAUGGGACUUCUGCAAAAAUGUGCUGGAUCCCCGAUGCUGCUGUCCACCAGGGAGUGAACAUUGGUUAUUAUGCCAUUGUGUUCAUCUUCACUUUCACUAUAUUCAUCUUGACUGUGCGGAAGAUUUUUCCCCUUAAAGCCAGAACAGGUAAAACUACGGGCGGCAGCUCCAUCAAGACAAACACCUUCUCCAUCCUGGGUCUUUUCCUGCUGCUCGGCAUCACCUGGGCUUUUGCUUUCUUCAGCCAUGGACCUCUGCUUGUAGCCUCCUACUACAUCUUCACCAUCCUCAACUCCUUUCAAGGCUUCUUUCUAUUCAUCUACUAUUACAACUCCAGUAAAGAAACAACAGCAGUUCCAUAGUCCACAGCAGCAGCAGCAACUAACACAAUCACCUCAUCUCCAGAUCAAUGAAGAACUGUGCAGCUUUCAAACAGGGAACAGAACGUUCUCUGUGCCUGACACAAGAGGGCAGCAUUCCCUUUACUAAAUCAAGUAGAUGUCUCGUCCCUGCAAACUCUCCUACUUUGUGUUAUUUUUGACUGGAUGACUACCCUGACCUGAUAAAAAGCUAAUCUGAAAUUACCUUCAUUGAGAAAUGUUCUCAGGCACUGUCUGAGGAGAUGUGGUAAUCUCCUGGAAGUCAUUUGUGCGGAUGACUCUGCGUUUAAACAGAAGCCUUGUCUGACUCACUGUGAAACAUGCGGAGAAGGUUGUGAUUCACUCAAGAUUAAAUCACAGGGCUCAUAAAUUAAAAGCCUGGUCAUACACUGGAAUGCAGAGUGUAAAUGUUUAGGAAGUCAUAUAUUUCCUCCUUUAUGACUGAUGUGGCUGUCAUGUGGAAUGGUGGUAAAACUGCAGAAAAAUAGAAGGUGCACGGGAAGUCUUUCUUUCACAUAUUUUACAGCGUUAGGAUCUGAGGUAGGCAUCUUAGCGCUUUGCGUGCCUGCAGAUAAUUACUGUGAGCCUACAGAGAGCAGUAUCCACUGUGAGUAGAGCCUUAAACAGUCAACGAGAUGUGAGCUCAUGGCUACCUAUAGUGAUAAGAGGCUUCAGGGCAAAGCGUUAGGUUGCAAAUAUUGUUAGAAUAUGUAUUUAAUGAGCUCUUAUAGCUUUUAAGUGUACCUAGCCAAACUACAGUACAUCACAUUUUUGAGCUGUUAUGGCAUAAUUUUUAAGUUUUUUUCUUCAUAACUGGUGUGAUUAAGAUCUUAGGUAUUUCAUAUUCUCUAUACUUUGACUAAUAGUUUCUUAAUGGUAUAUUACAUGUGAUACAUAACUAUUAGGUGACAGCAUUCUUUACUAUGUCCACUGUAUUUUUAGACACAUUUCACUUCCUUUAAUAAGUUAGGUUCACUUUGUUAACUAAAUUCUGAACUUUUAUCAAAUGGUUUUUGUGUGUGAUUAAGAUAUUGUAUUUCAUAUUUUCUUGACAGUAAAUAAAGGCGCCUUACGGAGCCCCUCAAGUCCCAAAAAGUAAAUAAAAAAAUUCUGUGCGCUUAAUUAUAGUUAAUUAUAUAUAUUGUGCGAUAUAAAGUAAUUAUAAUACUUUUUGGGACUUCAGGGGCUCCGUAGCUAUCAGAUUGCAUCUUUAAAUUGUACACAAUAUAACUUGUAGAUAUAUAAAUAGCAUUCUUUGCUAUUUCCACUAUAUUUGAAUGAAUUUGUAUUCUUUUUUUAAAGUUGACGUCUCGUAUUUUUAGAACCUAUUUCUUUCAACAUGGUGGCUUGUUAAGGUUUAUUUUGGUGAACUGUGGUAAGACAUGUGCUUUGAGGCAGCAUUUCAGGACUAAAACAGCUGACUUUGGGUCUUUCUUUUGCAAAUUAAACUUCCACUGUCUGGAAAAAUAAAGUAAAAAAUACAGUUUCUUGUAUCCAAAAUA